AUGAAACCUGACAACAAAACCGUGGAGAACGCAGACGAUGUGACAUCAGACAGCAGAAAACACAUGGACAAAGUUCUGGGCAAGAGCCGCUACUUUGCCGAAGCGCAGAAGUCUCUUGCCGUCCUCGCCUUUGUUGAGCACCUGCCACAGUUCCACCGAUACAUGGACCUCAAGCCCAAGGAAAAGGAAGCGUGGGCAAAGAAGCUGUUCGAUCACGUCACGAAGCCCGCGUACCUGAACAGUCUCACGACCAUCACAGUGCUGGACCACGGCAAGCUGAACAAAAUCAGCAUGCUGCUCCUGUCCCUUGCACCUGACAAAGACUACGCCAAGACCCUGGCCGUGAACGUGCUGAGCCGGGUGCUGACGACCUUGUCCGACAACUUGGAUGACAUUGACAUUGAUCUUCUGCAGCGGCUGAAUCAGAACGUGCUUGAGCAGAUUGCCGACUUCUUGGUCAACGGCAAAGUCGGCAGUGAGCCUGGAAGCAUCCCACAAGAGCUCCUGGAAAAAUUCAAGGAGGAUCUUGAGCGCGUGGGGUCUGGUCAAGUGUCUGAACAGAUUAAGUGGCUCACCGCUGAAAGUGCCAGUGCUUCGAAACUCUUCAGCAAAGUGAAGGGCCCGCUUUGGACGCGCAUUGAGGCGGUUGAGUCUGAGUUUGGCAGUGUUGUUGGGAAGCUCACGUAUUGGGUGGCCAAAACGGCUUGCAUCGGCCUUGCAGUUUAUUCCGUGGCAUCGCUCGCUUCUCAGUGGAAGCAGAUGAACGCCGAUGACAGGGCGAUUGCAAUCUUGCACACGGGUGUGUCUUCUUUCCGCUUGAUGAUGCUGUUCGAUGAUCAGAUCACACAGGCCCUGUCAAAGGGCGCCAACUUUUUCUCUCGCAAGCUGGCUCAGCAAAGCGUGGAUGCAUCGUUUGCGUCGGGAGCAGCAUUGGAGGAGAAAGCUGGACAGCUGGACAAAGCAGCACGGUACCUCAACCCUGAGCUUGCUGUGGACGUUCCGGAGACGUCCAACGCGGGCAUGGAGAUGGUGAGCAGAUCACUGGCCGAGGAAGCCGUGGGUAUCGAGGCUGAGGCCGAGAAGACGUCGGCGCUCACGGCACGGUGGUCCGAGAUGACAACGCUGAAGAAGUUCGUGCGUGUGGGUGGAUUGGUUCUUGGUGCUGCGACUGUCGUCUAUUUGGCCGUCGACCUCGCAGGCUCAUGGGGGAACAUGUCGAAGAGUGAACGCGCCCUGAAUCUGCUGAACGUUUCUGCGUUCGGCCUUUGGUUGGUGGUUGAUGGCGUUGCCUUCGCUGCGGAGCUCGGCGUGUCGGCUGUGGAAGCGUUGGCCUCCUCAAUUGUGCCCGUAGCUGCGCCUGUGCUGCUGGCCGUGGGCUUAGUUGCCACUGUCAUUUUGGCGUUCAAGCACAAGAAGCACGCCCGCGUGGACACGCCUCCAGAAGUGUUUAUCAAGAGCAAGGUUGUGCCCCUGUUGAACAGCAUUUCCACGCCUUCGCGCAAAUGGCUGGAGGGCACCGCCAGAGCCAACAGCUGGGCAAGGGAAACAUCGCCCUAUCGCCUCUGCGCGACAGCGUCAAUCGUCCAGUUUCAGCUCGGGGAUGGUCACGUUGCAGUUGCUCUCCUCUCGCAGCGUCAGCACCAAGCCAGUGCAGCGCGAAGAAAGGUUGCCGUCCAUGAUGAUAACGAUGAAGGAAAGGGAAGUGAGGUGUGGCCGUGCACGGAGUGCAGGAAAGAGCAGCAGCAGGAACUGAUGCGGUGUGCAGUGUGGGAGCGCUGUCUGUUGUCGUCGUUGAUUCACAACCAGCCCAAGCCAACCUACUGCUGCUGCUGCUGUUUGCCCUCAUCAUCGCUGGGCGCUGUUCUCGCUGUUGCCACCACUGUUGUUCUUGUUGUUGUUGGCAGGCUGCUGCCACUGACUCACACCUCCACAUUCUCGCAUUCCCACCUCUUCACCUCUCCACGUCCGUUUCACAACACCAAGGACCGCACGCUGUCCCCCUCCGUGGACACAACUUUGAAGCACCUGGAAACAACACUCAACGAGCAUCGCGUGCCGUUCGCCACUGGACACCUUGGAGCUGACAUCAAUGCUGUACUGUUCCUCACGGUUUCUGGCCACGAAGCAGUGAACAGCACAACUGACACGAGUACUUUGCAAGCGGCGUCAAUGACAGUGAUGCACUUGUCUUUGCAAGGGCACGUUGAAUCAGAGGUGCUUCAGUCGAUUGUGGGCAAUGGCAUGUGGACCUCGUGCACGACGGUGCGCAUCACUGGUGUGCAGUUCCCAGUAUUUCAUUUGAGCGUGCUCAACGAUUUUCCCAUCCUGGAUGCCAUCACAAUCGAGCACAGCACACUACUGCAGGCAGACACAGGGGGGUUCGAGCAUGCGGCACAGCUGUUUGCACUUCGUUUGGGAAAUAACUCCCUUGCAUCGGUUCCAAAACUUGCACGGAUGACAUCCCUGGUCGAGCUUGAUUUGGACCGCAACAAAAUUCCGCGCAUCCAAGCAGACGCGUUUGAGGACCUCACAGCCCUGCGUGAGCUCUUUCUCGACUCCAACAUCAUCCGCGCCAUUCCCACUGGCGCGUUUCAUUCACUGAAACACUUGACAUGGCUGGAGCUGGGCGCAAACCCAAUCCAACAUCUUCAUGCACACGUGUUUGCUGGCCUAACGCAGCUGCACACAUUGAAAGUGGGUGGCACCCUCCUGACCUCCCUGCCACCCACCAUCUUUCAGACAAACCGCCGAUUGAAUGACGUCGUUCUCGAAGGGAACCUCCUCACGUCCCUCCCAGGCUCUAUCUUUGCUGGGCUUACUUCUCUACGCCACCUGUCCUUACGAAACAACCGCUUGACGUCAUUGCAGCCAGCAUUGUUCCGAGAUUUAGUCUCCCUGUCCACCCUUCGACUAAACGACAACAAAUUGACGGCAUUGCCUGACCGGCUCCUUGAUUCAUGCUACCGCUUAAAAUGGCUGUACUGUGAUAACAACCGUCUCAGUGGGCUAUCGCCUGACCUAUUCGCGCACACGCCCAACUUGCGGGUGGUCACUUUCGAAAACAAUCGCCUUCGUCACGUUGACGGGCUGUUUGACACAGAGUUUCCACGCCUGGAGCGCAUUGACAUGGCGGCGAACAAGCUGACCCGGUUUCAUAUUCCCACCCAUUGGCCUUCCCUGCACACCCUCGUCCUGGGCGACAAUCCCAUGCAAUACAUGCCAGACAUGACGAAAGCGCCUGCUCUUCGUGUGCUGCGCAUGCAGAACCACGGUGUCAAAAGGAUCGAUCUCACACCGCUUCUGACUCUUCCAAGUCUGACAACUGUCGAGCUGGACGCAGCGCAUGAUGACGACAGAACCAGCAGAGCAGUGUUGGACGCCACCAACUUGACACCUUCUCCACACCUGCGCACCCUCAGCUUGCAACACGUGGACGUGAGUGAGGUGCUUGGCCACCUGCUGCAACUGCCACUUCAGCUUCAAGUGCUCGGGCUGGGAUGGCCAGGCGCCGACAACCGCACUUUGCCAUUGGAAAUGAUCCAACGCAACGAGCACCUCAAGCUGGUCAUCGUCCCCAGUGCGCUGAGAGAGCUGAACGCGUCCGAUUGCACGCAGUUAACUCAGAUUGACGCGCCGUUCAUCGAUGUGUUGGACAUCAGCAACACACGCAUUCAGCCCAGCACUGCCUUGUGCACGCGGUGGGGCCGCCGUGUUUUCUUUGCGCGGAACCUGAGGGCCGAGAGCAACUUCAACUCGGCGUCUGCUCCGGCUACCAUUUCCACAUGCCUGUUUCUCCUUGAUGUGGUUGAUCUCUCGGGGAACAAGUGGCUGAAUGACCCCGUCGAAGUCAAUCGAAUCGUGGGACACGAGAUCGCCCUAUCCAAAUCAAAUCUCCGCCGCAACGGACGAGUUUUUCCUCGCAGGCCUCGAGCGCCAGUGCUGCAACUGCAAGACGCUCCCAUCGAUUGCGCGCUUCAACUCUCGAGCGGAGACUUUGAUCUUUUCGAUAACACGAUCCCUGGGCUAGUUGGUUCAGUCACUGAGAUUGUGUACUCCUUUCAUUGCCAGUGCUCACAAGGGCAUGAGAUGCGACGCGGGCGGUGCGAACCAAUUGAGCUCGACAUUGUGCCGGCUGUGCUGGGGACGCUCGCUGGCGUGCUUGCACUGCAAGCGUUGCUGUUCAUCGGGUACCGCACGUACAAGAGGCAAAGGCGUUUACAAGCAGAUAACGCGCUCAAGGACCAAUUGCUGGUGGAGAUGGACGAGGAGGUGAUGGCGCUGAAGAAAGCGUGGGAGAUUGGGUAUGAUGAGCUGAAAAUGAUCAAGCGUGUCGCUGCGGGUGCGUUUGGCGUGGUGUUCAAGGCAGAGUGGGACACAGUCCUGGUGGCCGUCAAAGUGCUGCAACAAGGGGUGAUGGCGUUUGAUGAGAGCACGGUGCUUGAGUUUGAGAGGAGGUGGAAUCCCAACGGCAGCCCGUUUCUGGUGCUGGAGUUUGUGGCGAUGGGGUCGCUCAAGAACCUGUUGGGCAAAGACAUGGAGCAGGUGUUGAUGGAGGUGGAGCAAGGGGAGCGAGGUGGUGAAGAAAGUGUGGGGCAGGGUGUGACAGCAUCAGAGAUCGUGGGCGAGGAAUUGACGUUGGUGAGCACAGGAAUCGACAGAAGGGCCAAGACAACGACUGUGUGGGAGUUGAAACUGCGACUGCUGCGCGAUGUUGCGAGUGGCAUGGCCUUUAUCCACAGCCUCGACCAAAUGCACCGGGACCUGAAGAGCGGUAACGUGCUGGUAUCAUCGUCGCUUCGCGCCAAGAUUACGGAUUUUGGGUCCAUUCGCCAGUGCUUUACGCGUGGCGCUGACGAUGAUCCGCAAUACAGCCAGCAGGCUGGAAUGCAGACGAUGACCAGCAUGACGCUGACGGCGGGCGUGGGCACGCCGCUGUACAUGGCACCAGAGGCGCUGACGGGGAGCAAGUACAGCUUUGAGGCCGACAUCUUCAGCUUUGGCGUGCUGAUGUGGGAGGUGGCGACGCAGCGUGUGCCGGAUUUGAUUGAGCAGGAGAAGGGGAGCGGGUACCGUGGUCCGAUCCUCGCCACCAUCAGCAACUUGAUGGCAGAUGGUAAGCGGCUCAAGUUUGAAGACAGCGAACAAGAUGCCAUCCCCGAGUGGUUCCAGUCGCUGACGUACAAGUGCAUGGCGCAGAACCCGCGUGAACGGCCGUCGUUUGGGGAGCUCAAGGACCACCACCUUGCUUGA